AUCUCAACCAAUCACAUGUGUCAUAGAGUGUUUACUGUACGCUGUCAGGCCCGCCUGUAACCGUGUGCGGUUUGUCUUUCAGACCGGGCCGCCGGUGUAGGUGUCAGCGGACGGAGAAGACAUGAAUGUGCCGGUGAGAACGGAUUUGGCAGUUGACAAAACGAAAAAGAAGAAAAAAAGAGAACUAACAGAAGAACAGAAGCAAGAGAUUAAAGAUGCAUUCGAUCUGUUUGAUACAGACAAAGACAAAUCAAUUGAUUAUCAUGAAUUAAAGGUGGCGAUGCGAGCUUUGGGGUUUGAUGUGAAGAAAGCAGAUGUUCUAAAAAUCCUAAAGGAUUACGACAGUGAAGCAACAGGGAAAAUUUCUUUUGAUGACUUUAAUGAAGUUGUUACAGAUUUGAUAUUAGACCGUGACCCCCAAGAAGAGAUGCUCAAAGCUUUUAAACUGUUUGACGAUGAUGACUCAGGAAAAAUUAACUUGCGGAAUCUCCGUCGAGUUGCCCGGGAACUUGGAGAAAAUAUGAGUGAUGAAGAGCUGCGGGCUAUGAUUGAUGAAUUUGACAAAGAUGGUGAUGGUGAAAUAAAUAUAGAAGAAUUCAUUACCAUAAUGACUGGCGACAUUUAACCUGAAGCCGAAGAGCCGUUUGUCUGCGUGUCACAAGUUACCAGCAGCAGGAAUGAUUGAGAACACUUUCAUUAUGGACCAAUUCUGAUGCGGAAGUCAGUAUUUUGUAGCAUAUCCAUGUCACGUUGGAAUUUUUCUCAAUUUUGAGUACAGUUCUAUUUGUAAAAUAGUUUUUUUUUAAUGCAGUUGUAAUUAAAUUGCAAAAUACUUUGU